UGUGGUUGAACAAAUUCAGAUGAAACAUUUAGAAGGCAAACACAAUUUACCCAAGAGAGGUGGCAGCAACAGCAGCAGCAACAGCUCUGCAGCCGGUGGAGCGGAACGGCAACGCAUGACUCUUGAUUCUGCAGUCAGGGAGGCCUACUUCAAAGGCUCUUUGUUUGAUCGAGUUGCAUCUCUUGAACACAGACUCUUUCAGCUAUGUUUGGAAAUGGAAUCUAGCAGCAGCAGCUCAGGUACCUCAUCACAAACAUUUGAGGAAAUGCUUUCAACCCACCAACACCAAGCAUCCAAAAUGGGAUUUUCACGCUCAUCGCUACCAACUUUCGCUAAUAAUCCAAUCAUUAAUCAAGAAACUAUUCUCAAUAAUCCUCCAAAUCAAGUAAACAGAGGAGAUCAGCGCCAACUCCAUGUUUCCAAGUCUGAAGUAAGUCAGGCAAAAUCUGAGGAGAUGAAGCAAGGAAAGAAGAAUCCUAAUUUUCUGAAGCAGAAACUGAAGAAGAGUAAACCCAGUAAGGAUGAAAUGACAUGCAAGAAUGGAGAGAAAAAGUCCUCUUCUUUUUGGCCUCACUUGAAACUACUUGGUUGCUAA